AUGAACACAGUAACAUCCAGCAUCUGUGUGCUCUUCAAAAAAUCACGUCAGCCCUUGAUGUAUUGCUCCAUGGUAGCCUUGACGAUGGGUGUCCAGGAGAUUUGCCAGCAAGUUGUAUUUAAUUGUCCAUGCAAAAGACACUUCGAGUAUGGGCUGGCAUUUCUAUGCGGACCAGCUAUUCUUUUGUUUUUCCUAGGCAUUUUCCUGAAUGACACUCUAUGCCGUACUGGCCCUGAAAGGGACACCGAGAAAGCCAUGACAAGCCCUGUAUGUCACUAUUUCAAGUCACUGUUCACUAUAUUCUAUGCAAUGACACUAGCAAGCGUCGCUCCAGUUGCCUGGUUGGUUCUAUCUUUCUUGCAACAGCAGUACUACACAUGCGCAUACUUUGGACCUCCUCUUGCCGAUAGAAUUUCAACUGCUACAAAUGCGACAGACAAGUGCCAUUUUAAGCUGGGCUUUCCAUCAAAAGAGAUGGAAGAAACCUACAAAACUAACAGUCAGAUUGCAGGCUGGUCACUCAUGAUCAUAUUCGUGCUCGUCCUUGUCAUUUCCAUCUGCAUAAGUCAAUGCAUGAAAAAAGGAAAGCGUCUAAAAAUACCGAGUUCUGAAUACUACCGCCAUGUUGAAGCCCAAGAAGCCGUUGAGCAGUACCACGCCAUUGCAUUGGAACGUGCCAAAGAAAAAGCAAAGAUGUACAUUGAAAAUUUGUUCCCAAAAAGGAAGAGGCUUGGAGGUCUCUAUUCCUAUUUGAAAGACAUUGGAGAUAAAGUUCGCAAAGAAUACGAUUUAUAUUUAGACAUACCACCGGACAGCCACCAGAGUACCCCAGUUGACCCCCCUCAAAAUUCCCCU